AUGGGAAACCAAACCACUGAAUACUAUUUUUUUCUUCUUGGCCUCUCCAACAACCUUCAGCUCCAGAUCUUCUUAUUUUUCCUUUUCUUGUUGAUUUAUCUGCUAACUCUGUUGGGGAAUGUAAUAAUCAUGCUGCUUGUGAGGACCAGUCCACCUCUUCAGAGUCCUAUGUACUUCUUCUUGAGUUACCUCUCUUUCCUUGAUGUGUGUUAUUCAACUGUCACUGUCCCAAAGAUGUUGGAGAUCAUCAUUGCCAAGCAGAAGACCAUCUCUGUUGGUGGAUGCUUCACUCAGGCAUUCUUUAUUUUGUUUUCGGCUACUGCUGAAGUUUUUAUCCUCUCAUCAAUGGCUUAUGACAGAUACUGUGCUAUAUGUAAACCCCUGCAUUAUGUGGAAAUCAUGAAUGUGGCAUUCUGCCAAAAGCUAGUGGCCAGUGCAUGGAUGAUUAGUUUUGUUUAUGCACUUGCAAACACAUUGCCACUGUUAAGGCUACAGUUCUGUGGCUCAAAUAUCAUAAAUCAUUUCAGUUGUGAGCUCCCUUCCAUCCUUUCUCUCUCCUGCAAUGAUACUUUCUUCAAUAAAAUGCUGUUCUUCAUUUCUGGGAGCAUAGUUGGGCUUGUAUCCCUGUUCCUCACUGUGCUGUCUUACAUUCAUAUCAUCUCCACCAUACUGAGGAUAAAUUCAUCUGAAGGGAGACGUAAAGCUUUCUCUACCUGCAGCUCCCACCUCACUGUAGUCAGUCUCUUCUAUGGAACAGGUUACUUCCGAUAUCUGAGGCCAAGCUCAGCUUCAUCAGUACUUUUGGAUGUAAUACUGUCCAUAGAAUACAGCAUUCUUACCCCUUUGUUAAAUCCCAUCAUCUACAGCUUGCAGAACAAGGAGGUGAAAGCAGUGCUUAGGAGGAUAUUGAGACUGAAAUCUUGA